AUGAGGCUCACCAAGAAGAUGGACGGUCCAGCUGGCCGGGCCGGGCUUUCGGCAGUGCAUAUGGCCAUUAUGAUUGCAAGACAAGUUCCAAAGAAGGGCUACUUCGGUGGACCAGGAGAAUGGACUGCAGAUCCCGUAUCUGACAUGCAUCCGAAAAACCCUUGCACCUGCCAAGAUUACCGACGGCGUGGCAGCAAUCGACGUGCCGAGAUGCUGAAGGAAGAGUUGGGCGAUGAUGAUGAAGAUCAGGAGAUGCCGCCGUUCGAGGACCGCCCUCCACAGCAGCCCGGGCCCAGCUACCAGGACCCGGAGAUGGCGGGCGGUUAUGGCCCAGGCCCUGACUAUGGUCCUCCAAUGCGCACGGGCAUGUCUUACGAGGCCCCACCUCCUGAUCCUCCGAUGAUGCGUUCAGAGAUGCCAGACCGUCUCGCAUCCACAGGAGCUUCAAUCAAGAUCCCGGGCUUGGAUGAGCCGCACCUUCCCAUGCCGAACUUGAACCUUCAGCUGCCACAGUCCGGCCAGUCUGCAUCGCUGCCAAUGCAAACCUCUGCAUCUGCACUAUCAACCUCAGGACAGUACCUGGCGACGCCCUACUUAGCACCAGCGUCGCCACAAGCAGCUUUCACGACCCAGCUGCCUUCGUACCCAUCUGCGGCCGUGGCCAGUCCAGGUUCACGCGUCUACACCACAACUCUCCCCGCUCAGUUUGCGCCUAGUGGCUCUGUCCACAUUGCACCCGCUUCGGGACCAGCGCCAGUAGUUACAGUACCAACGGCGUACACAACCAGCUACUCCUUGCCGCCGAGCCAGCAAUGA